CCCUGGGCCAGGCCACGGCCAGCUGCAGCCCCCGCUUCUCUCCGGCUGGCCAAGGCCUUCUCUCCGAAUGUCCCUGCAGGGGUUCCAGAGGCGCCUGCGGGCCAAACGCCCCGUCUUUGAGGCCACCUUGCAGCAGGGGGCUCUCCUGCGUGGCCAGGCCCUCCUCCCUGCCGAUGGCCAGGAGCUGGAGGCGAUGCACAGGGAGCUGAAGGAGCGCUGGGGGGCUCUGUGGAGCUGGGCAGCCGAGAGGCAGCAGAAGCUGGAGGGCCACCUGCUGUUCUCCGGCUGCUUUGGUGAUGCCCUUCAGGGCCUCCUGGACUGGCUUUGUCGGGCCAAGCCCCAGCUGGCUGAGGAGACCCCCGUGUCUGGGGACAGAGACCUGGUGGGCACGCUGAUGGAGCAGCAUAAGGCCUUCCAGACGGAGCUGGGCCGGCGGGCGGUGGCGGUCACGUCGCUGAGGUGCUCCGCGCAUGUGUUGGUGCAAGGUGGGAACAGCGUGGAUGCCCAGUGGCUGCAGAUCCAGACGGAGGAGCUGGAAGACCGCUGGGAAAUCCUUGGCCAGCUCUCGGUCUCCCAGCAGAGCCGGCUGGAGGUGGCCCUGAGGCAGGCAGAGGAGUUCCACCGCCUGCUGUCUGCCUUCCUGAGCCGCCUGUCUGGCCUGGAGAAGCAAGUGAUGGAUGGGGCACCCCCAGAGGAGGAGGAGGAGGAGGAGGCAGCCAUAGCCGAGGGCCAGAGCCAGCUGGAGGAGAUGCAGCAGAGCAUUCAGUGGCAGCAGCUGGAGCUGGACUGCAUCAGCUCUCUGGGCAAGGAGAUCCUGAGCACCUGCCACCCCGAUGCUGUGGGCACCGUCCAGUCCUGGGUCACCCUUGCCAAGACCCGCUUCCAGCAGCUCUGCAGCCAGGUCCAGCAGCAGGAGCAGCGGCUGAAGGGCCAGGCGGCCUCCCUGGCUGCGAACCAGGAGGAGGCGGAGCGGCUGAGCGCCUGGAUCACAGCCGCCCAAGAGUCUUUGCGCCUGCGGGACCAGGAGCCCCUCCCGGAGGAUAAGAGGCAACUGGAGGAAAUUGGAUGCCAACACGUGGUCUUCAUGCGGGAGUUGGAGCACAAACAGGCGGAGGUGGAGAAGGUGGCCAAGAGCGGCAGGCGGAGAAGAGCAGCACAAGUGGGCCUGGCGCCUUCUUCCAGCCAGCGGCCUCCUGAUUGGCCUGGUGCCCGCAGAGCUUUGCCCCGGCCCUCCUCCAUGCCCUUGGAAGACCUGCAGCCCCAGGACCCACUCCUGGCCGAACUAGUGCACCGCUGGCAGUGGCUCUGGGUGGCAGCUCAGGAACGGCAGCAUCGGCUACAAAGUGCCCAGCGGCGCCUUCAGGAGCUAGAAGAAAUGGCCGGCUUCAACUUUGCUGCCUGGCGCAAACGGUUCCUGCAGUGGAUUGGCCACAGGAAGUCCCGGGUCCUAGACAUCUUCCGCAGCAUUGACCAAGGCCAAGAUGGGCGCAUCACCCAGCAGGAGUUUAUCAGGCGUGUCCUGGCCUCCAAGUUCCCCACCAGCCUGCCGGAGAUGAAGGCAGUGGCCAAAAUCUUUGACGUGAACAGGGACGGUUUCAUUGAUUAUUAUGAAUUUAUCAGCGCUCUGCACCCCAGUCGGGACAUCCUGCACCGGGUGGCCAACGUGGACCACAUCCAGGAGGAGGUGAACCGACAAGUGGCUGAGUGCAACUGUGUGAAGCGUUUCCAAGUGGAGCAAAUCAGUGGCAGCCGCUACAGAUUUGGGGAGUGCCAGCAGCUGCGCAUGGUCCGGAUUCUACGAAGUACCCUGAUGGUGCGAGUCGGGGGAGGCUGGACGGCUCUGGACGAGUUCCUGGUGAAGAACGACCCCUGCAGAGUCAAGGGAAGGACCAACCUGAAGAUCAAUGAACGAUACCUCUCCCCGGGACUUCUGGGGCGGAAGGGGGCCGGCAGCCAAUCUGCCCCUGCCUCCAAGAUCCUCUCCCCCAGCGGUUCCACCUCCAGCCUCAGCCUGUACAGCAGCGCCUCUGCGCCCAGCAGCCCUGUCCCGAGGAAGGCUGUUCUGCGCCGGACACGCUCAGGGGAUCGGUGCCUCCACUCCUGCAGUCCUGCUGGGGCAACCGGGAGGGCCGAGCCGGACUUUGCCGCUGGAGUGGCUGGGCCUGGCGCUGAGCCCCCAGGUCACCCCAGAAGAGAAGCUGCCCCAGGUGAUGUCCCUGCACCCUGACCGCUGGAGCAUCUCCUUCCUCUCCGGGCCCAGGGAGCAGCAGCGGAGGGAUCUGAGCAGCCCCCACUGGCACCCAGGCCUUGGGAGGCUAAGCAGGCUGCCCCAUCCUUUCCCCACAAGCAUCCGUUUCCCUGCUCUCCGCAGCCGUCCCUGGCAAUGCAGCUGAGGCUCUCUUGGAGCAAGACCACCCGUCGGAGAGGCACGGUUUGGUGCUCCCACAAGCCAGUUGCCCAGCUAGCCGAGGCCUCCCUCGGGUGAAGCUCCGGUGUUCCUGGGGCAGAUUUUGGAAGGAGUGGCGCCUUGCCCUGGCCGAGCACUGUCCCUCUGCAGGCAGGUGGAAUCCUGGGGCCAGAGAGAGCACCAGGGGCAAUAAAGACAAGGCUUCCUGCAGUC